CUCAACAAGACGAAGUUUUUGAAUGGGGUGACGAACCAAUAAACCCACGUAUACCAUGGAACCAAGAGAUCCAAGCUUGUGUCAAUAAUUUUUGUGAUCUGUGUUCCGCAGGUUAUUGUUCAAAGAAUAGUCACGUCGCAUGGGGUUGGAUUAGGAAUUGGGAUUGGAAUAUUGUUCAGUUUAAGCUAGAGGUAGAUCGACAAAUUAAUUCUUUAAAAUGUGAACGAUGUUCUAGUAGAUUUAAACGUAUUAAUCAUUAUAAGGGAGAUAGAUGUCCUUAUGAAUGGAAUUAUAAUUGGUGGAAGUCAUAA